AUGGCUUCACAAUUCCACGAUGACGAGCUGUCCAUGUCCUUGUCCACCAUGUCCCCGACCCGAUCAAGACCGUCGCUGCCUCUGGCAUCGCCUCCAGCAAGGAAUGUAAUCAUGAGCGAUACUCCUCCCGCAGAUUCUCCAGCAUCCACCCGUGCCAUGCAGCGACUAAAUCAAUAUCAGUUUGUCAAGAACAUUGGCGAGGGCUCCUUUGGCAAGGUCAAGCUGGCAAGACACAGAGUAACGAAGCAGGAGGUGGCCAUGAAAGUCAUAAAUCGUCGCAAGCUGAUCAGUCGAGACCUGGCUGGUCGAAUUGAAAGAGAGAUCCAGUACCUCCAGCUCCUGCGACAUCCUCAUAUCAUCAAACUCUACACCGUCAUCACCACCAAGACCGACAUAUACAUGGUCUUGGAAUAUGUACCCAUGGAGCUGUUCGAUUACAUAGUUAAGCACGGUAGGCUGGGUGAAGCAAAGGCGAGGAAGUUGUUUCAGCAGAUAAUAUGUGCUGUGGAAUACUGCCAUCGCCAUAAGAUCGUCCAUCGAGAUCUGAAGCCUGAGAACCUCUUGCUUGAUAAGAACAUGAACGUCAAGAUAGCCGACUUUGGUCUGAGCAAUAUCAUGACCGAUGGCAAUUUUCUCAAGACCAGCUGUGGCAGUCCCAAUUAUGCUGCUCCAGAGGUUAUUGGCGGCAAGCUGUACGCCGGUCCUGAGGUCGACGUCUGGAGCUGUGGUGUCAUUCUCUACGUUUUCCUGGUUGGCCGCCUACCCUUCGACGACGAAUUUAUUCCGACUCUCUUCAAGAAGAUUCAAGCUGGCUCUUUCCACAUCCCCUCCCAGACACCACCGGGUGCCGCCGACCUUAUCAAACGUUGCCUGAUGGUCCAUCCUGUCCAGCGCAUACAGAUCCCCGACAUUCGACAGCACGAGUGGUUCAUCAAAGACUUGCCUGCAUAUCUCAGAGAACCUGUCGAAGAGUUCCUGGAUACUGGCGUUGACUCUUCUAAAGCCAUCGACCCGCAGCAACUUGCACCUGGAAAGCCAGCAAGUCUCGUCCAAGAAAUUCAUGAAUCUGUCGUCUCUAAGUUAGGGCAAACUAUGGGUUACCCAAUGGAAGACGUCAAAGAUGCUCUGAGUAAGGACGAGCCAAGUGCUAUCAAGGAUGCCUACCUCAUCGUCAGAGAAAACCAGCUCAUGAGGGAGACUCCUCAAUAUGCCAACGAAAACCCCGACCUGGAGACCUUCAUGGCUUCCUCGCCCCCGAUAGAACCCAACUAUCCCGGCUUUCCCGGCUCUCCACGACACGGCUUUUUCAGAGCUUUCGACGACAUAAAACCACUGACACCAACUGCAAGUCGCGAGCCCCGCAGGACGAGCCGUACCAUGUCUGACACUUCGACUUUGCUUAAAGAGGAAAUCAAGCCUCGAAUCUCCACCGUACAAGUGCUCAAUACCUCUCUCCCUUCAGUUCAUGAAGAGUUACUCAAAGUACGCGAGAAGGCUAGAGCAGAUGGCAAAGACCCAGAUGCCUUGUUCCAAAUCCCUACUGCUUCUGAUCAUAACCAACCAUCCACAAUACCCAUUCCUGAGGUGGUGAACGACGCCAGCGGUAUGCCAGUGAAACUUCCUGUACAUCAACAAGAAGCGACUGCCAAGGCUCUUAAGCCACACUUCAAACCACCGACAAGUAGAAGUCUCGAGGUGGAACAGGAAGGUGGCGAUCCACCCCAGCCACCAGCUCAGGGCAAAGACUCCGAUCCCAAGCAGCCUGAUCAGAAGAAGGUGGCCGCUCGUAGGGCUCGGAGGUGGCAAUUCGGGAUAAGGUCACGAAAUGCGCCUUACGAAGCUAUGAAGUGUCUGUACCAAGCACUCAAAGCUGCUGAUGCGGAUUGGGAAGUCAUACCUAGUAUUCGCCAGAGAGAUGUUGAUCCCGAUAGUGGCGGUGAAACCAGCGAACACGACGAGAGUGGUAAUGACGAAGACAGUGAGCUCGACUUGCCACCCGUGCCCGAGCUAGCACCAGGAGAGCGCCAUCAGGUUCUGCAGAACAAGUAUGACCACUUACCAGAAGAUUACUAUAUCCCAAGAGAUCUAUACAGUAUUCGUGCUCGAGUACUCAAAAAGGGUAUACUUCUGCCUGGUGAGCUAGCACCCAUCUCCGGUCAUAGUUCUGCCGUCAGUCUACCGAGUCAGGCUCAGAAACAGCUAAAGAGGCAUGUGGAAGAGCUUGGUGGACAUGCCACUGAGGAGUUUAUUCGUGCGCUUGGUGCUAAUGGCCCAACCACAAAUAUUGCACAAAAGCUCAAGACGGCUUCUCAGAACAACAGCCGACCAAGUAGUGGAAUGGGCGAGCAUCUUCACAAUGGACAUGGUGAAGAUCCACAUGCAGCAAAAGAACCUACGAGCAGACCCGGGAGUUCUGUGAGUAUCAACUUCAGCAAAAUGACCCCCAACAAUGUCGGCGUGUGGGUUUUCAUUGAUAUCCAACUAUACAACCUUGAUGGCCAAACCUACGUGGUUGACUUCAAGUGCGAUGGUUAUCAGAACGUGGUCUGGUACGAACCGAAGCACAAACCAGGCACCAAUCCGAGCAGCACACUUACAAGUCCAGCAGCCAGCAGGCCUGUCAGUGGCGUAGAAAGUGUUGGCAUCAGUCGCAGCAAUAGUUACGAGUUGAAGAAGCCUGAGGGCUACUGGAAGCCAAUCUCGAAACGCUACAAGAAUGUGGAGAAGGAGAUAUCAAGCCCAUAUCCAUAUAUUGACGUGGCUAGUGAUCUCGUCGCACAGCUAGCUAGUGGAUCGUGA